AGACCAACACACUUGAAGUAUCGCAAAUCCAACCAGCAGCGCUCCUCCGCUCACCGGCGGUUUCUUCCUGUCUAACCGGGUGCAGAUUGAUUCGGAUGUGCAAGGUUCAGCAAACAUGAAGAUUAUAGGCUAUAAUUGUAUUCCAAAAUCAAGUAUAUUGCUCGUGAAUCAUGAUCUAUCCGCCCUUAUGUUUUGCAAAACCCUAACAGCUACUGCAUCAACCUUAGUGGUUUCAAGUAAUUACCAGAAGAGGAUUAAUUUAGUCGGGAAUUUGCAAUGUUCUGUUGCCAGUAGACCAUAUGCAUCUAAUUCAGUAGGUUCGUCAACUUCCAAGUCGGAAUCUGUUCGUAGGAGUAGAAAACAAGGAGGAUCCUCAUCAUUAUAUGGUCGUGCUAGUUUACUAGAAAUGAAGAAUGAGAGGAUUGCAACUCGAGCCCGUGUUUAUGAUUUUUUGAGAGGUAUUGGUAUUGAACCAGAUGAGCUUGAUGGUUUGGAGCUUCCUGUGACAGUUGAUGUUAUGAAGGAGCGUGUGGAUUUUCUUCACACCCUAGGGUUAACAAUUGAAGACAUAAAUAAUUAUCCUCUUGUUCUUGGCUGUAGUGUCAAGAAAAACAUGAUCCCUGUCCUUGAUUAUCUGGGUAAAUUGGGUGUUAGGAGAUCCACUUUGACUGAGUUUUUGAGACGAUACCCUCAAGUUCUUCAUGCCAGUGUUGUUGUGGACCUUGCACCUGUUGUUAAACAUCUCGAAGGCAUGGAUAUCAAACCAAACAACAUUCCUCGAGUUCUUGAGAAGUAUCCGGAGGUAUUGGGAUACAAGCUUGAGGGGACAAUGAGCACAUCUGUGGCUUAUUUGGUUGGAAUUGGAGUGGCAAGAAGAGAAAUUGGUGGGAUUUUAACUAGAUAUCCAGAAAUUCUGGGAAUGAGAGUGGGGAAAGUGAUCAAACCUUUCGUUGAAUAUCUGGAAAGUUUGGGAAUACCGAUGCUAGCUGUGGCCAGAUUGAUAGAAGAACGACCUCACAUUCUUGGGUUUGGAUUGGAAGAGAAAGUUAAACCAAAUGUCAAGUUUUUAACAGAAUUUGGUGUCAGAAUGACAUCUAUUUCAUCUGUAAUUGCACAAUAUCCUGAAAUUAUAGGACUGGACCUUGGAGCAAGGCUACUUAAACAGCAAAGCUUCCUCAACUCCGUAGUUGAUUUCAGCCCGGAAGAUUUUGGGAAAGUUGUAGAAAAAAUGCCACAGAUUGUAAGUCUGAGCAACACACCGGUCGUGAAGCAUGUGGACUUUCUGAAAAGUUGUGGCUUCUCUUUAGAUCAAGUGAGAAAGAUGGUUGUUGGGUGUCCACAAUUGCUUGCUUUGAAUAUGGAUAUAAUGAAACUCAACUUCGAUUAUUUCCAAAGCAAGAUGGGAAGGGAGUUGGAUGAGUUAGUUGAUUUCCCAGCGUUCUUUACUUAUGGUUUGGAGUCAACCAUAAGACCAAGGCAUCGGAUGGUUGCAAAGAAGGGACUUAAAUGCUCUCUUGCAUGGCUUCUUAACUGUUCUGAUGCGAAAUUUGAGCAAAGGAUGAAUUAUGACACGAUAGACAUGGAGGAAAUGGAAGAUGAUUCAUCAUUCGACAUGAAUACUCUGAUGGAACCCAGAAAUGAAGAAUCGGAUUCUGAUUACGAUGAGGACAGUGAUGAAGAGUACUUGUAGUACCGAUCAUGCCAGCACAAGGCGGAGUUUUGUUGUAAAAUGGAGCCUUCACAAGCAAACUACAAUGAGGUUAGCUAAUAUAUUCUACCCUAAAUUAAUCAACUUUUAUCUCUCAUGUAUUAGUUUUUUCAUAAUUUGAUGACAGAAAGAAUGAUUAGUUAGCAAUUAGCAACCAAACAUGCAAACCAAUGUCGAAAACAGGUUGAAGAAGUUAAGAUUGCAUUGAUGUUUCUGUGUA